AUGCAGGGUUUCAACAUGGGUCGGUACAUGCCGCCUGAUGCUGAGGGAGGCGCAAGUGGCAAUCAACUGCACAAGCGUCGAGCUCCAGGCACUCUGCGCAAAGAUGGCACACAGACUGUGCGCUUCGAGAUGCCCUUCGCCGUAUGGUGUCACACGUGCAAACCACAUGCUAUCAUCGGCCAAGGCGUGCGCUUCAAUGCUGUCAAGACAAAGGUCGGCUACUACUAUUCCACGCCAAUCUGGAGCUUUCGCAUGAAGCAUACUGCAUGCAGCGGCACCAUCGAAAUUCGGACUGAUCCAAAAAACACCGCCUACGUUGUGACAGAGGGAGGCAAGGCCAGAGACUAUGGGGAGCCAGAGGACCGUAUCAGGGAAGGAGAAAAUGGGGUGCCUAUUCUGACGCCCGAAGAGCGCGAGCGACGGCGGGAAGACGCUUUCGCUCAACUCGAGGGUAAAGCAGAGGAAAAGGAACUAGUGAAAGACAACGCCAAACGUAUUGAGGAACUUUACGAAGCUCGUGGUAGAGAUUGGGACGACCCUUGGUCGGCCAACAAGCGCAUGCGUGCAUCUUUCAGGCAUGACAGGAACGCGUUGAAGCGGGAGGAAGAAGCGGACCAGGCACUGAAAGACCGUCUUGGUACUGAUAUCCACCUACUUCCAGCAUCAGAGGAGGAUAGUACUAGGGCCAAGCUUGUGACCUUCGGAGAGGAUUCAGACCAGCCGAAUCGAGACACUGCGGCCUCGAAAGCCAUGUUCCGGACGCCAGCUUCGAAGAUUACAAAACCGAAGGCUGUAAAGCCUGCCAAUGCCAAGGAUAGCCGCAGAGAUGCACUUCGACGACAGCUGGUGUCCAACACCAAGGCCUCGCUCAACCCCUUCGGCUGA